AUGAGUUUAUGGGUUGAUAAAUACAGACCGUCCAAGUUGGAAGACUUGGAAAUUCACGAAAGCUUAUCGGAACGAUUGAGGACUCUGGUGAAUGUCUUGCUAUGCAAAUAUGUAUAUUUGAAUGAUCAAUAUCGUGACGCAUUCGCGUUAACUUUCUGCGGAAUACGCGAAAAGUCUAUAAGAGCCAACUUAAUGAUACUAUCGUUCAUCUUAUUUGAUUUUAAUGCAAGUGUAACAUUCUUACAGUCAUCAUCCAGCGAUUUCCCUCAUCUGCUAGUUUAUGGUCCAUCUGGAUCAGGAAAGAAAACGCGAAUAGUCUGUGUUCUAAGAGAAUUAUUUGGUGAUGGGGUACUAAAGAUCAAAAACGAUGUGCGAAUAUUCUUAACUCCUUCACGAGUAAAGAAACAGCUUGUAGUUGUAUCUAGUAAUUAUCAUAUUGAAGUUACCCCAAGUGAUCUUGGCAAUUAUGAUCGUCAAGCGACUCAAGAUCUGUUAAAAGAUAUUGCACAAACGCAGCAAAUUGCGCCUGAUGCCAGACAUAGGUUUAAAGUCGUUAUAAUUAAUGAAGCAGACUUGCUCUCCCGCGAGGCUCAAGCAAGUCUCCGACGUACGAUGGAGAAAUAUAUGAAGAAUUUACGAAUAAUACUAUGCUGUAACUCAACAAGUAAAGUCAUUGCACCAAUACGAAGCCGAUGUCUGCUUAUUCGCGUUCCCGCUCCGACAAACGAUCAGAUUGUGCAUGUCUUAAAGGAUAUUUCAAAAAAAGAGAGCGUGAAUCUGUCUGAAACGUUGAUCACGCGUGUUGCUGAACACUCACAUGGAAAUUUAAGAAAGGCAAUUUUGAGCCUUGAGGCUGCUGUUGCGCGGAAUGAGACAUCAAAGACAGAUGAUAAAAUAGGUUUAACGGACUGGGAAGCAGCAAUAGAAGAUUUGGCCAAGAUCAUAUUGCUUGAUCAAAGCCAGCAAACAAUGUUGCAAGUAAGAACAAAAUUCUACGAGUUGAUCAGCGCAUGCAUCCCGGCAUCUACUAUUUUAAAAACUCUGGCCCUUUCACUGGCCAAGCGUGCAAAAAUCCCUGCAUUAAAGCCUCGAAUUCUCAUGGAAGCAGCAUUUUAUGAGCAUCGUCUACGUCUUGGAAACAAAGCAAUAUUUCACCUUGAAGCAUUUAGCUUCAAGAUUAUGCGAUUAAUUUUACUGUUUGAAUCAGGAAUGCAAUAA